GUUUUUCUGAAAACACGAAAAAGUUUGGUUUUCGAAUUUGGAUCGCCAGCCGGUACAAUGCAUCCAAUGCAUUGACAUUUCACGUAAAACAAAGAACGGUAUUUCGUGCUAGUAAUUCUUGUCUUAGUUCACAUUUUUGUUUAAUUUAGCGGAGAAGUUGGUGAUGAUCUGAAGGAGAAUUCGAGGGGGGGGAUUGUGGAUCAAGAGAAUCACCGGCGAUGGGGUUCUUCAGCACUAUAUUCGGUUUUUGUGGAUUCGGAGUUGGGAUUUUCCUUGGUCUCGGGGUUGGCUACUAUCUUUUCAUAUAUUUGCAGCCCAGCGAUGUGAAGGAUCCUGAGAUUCGUCCACUGGUUGAGCAGGACUCUGAAACUUUACAACAUAUGCUUCCAGAGAUUCCACUUUGGGUGAAAAAUCCAGACUAUGAUCGAGUCGACUGGCUAAACAAGUUCAUUGAAUAUAUGUGGCCUUACCUUGACAAGGCCAUUUGCAAGACCGUGAAGAAUAUUGCUACACCAAUAAUUGCUGAGCAAAUUCCCAAAUAUAAAAUCGAAUCUGUUGAAUUUGAGACACUUACCUUAGGUUCCCUUCCUCCAACUUUUCAAGGUAUGAAAGUUUAUGUCACUGAUGAGAAGGAGCUUAUAAUGGAACCUUCAAUAAAAUGGGCUGGAAAUCCUAAUGUCACAGUUGCUGUUACAGCUUUUGGUUUGAAAGCAACUGCCCAGGUGGUGGAUUUACAAGUGUUUGCUUCACCACGGAUCACAUUGAAGCCCCUAGUUCCUAGUUUUCCUUGCUUUGCGAAAAUCUAUGUGUCGCUGAUGGAGAAGCCACAUGUUGACUUUGGACUAAAGCUUAUAGGUGCGGAUCUUAUGUCAAUACCUGGUCUGUACAGGUUUGUACAGGAGCUCAUUAAAGAUCAGGUUGCCAACAUGUAUCUGUGGCCCAAAACCCUAGAAGUACAAGUUCUGGAUCCGGCUAAGGCAUUGAAGAGGCCAGUAGGAAUUCUCCAUGUCAAAGUUCUAAGGGCAAUGAAGCUGAAGAAGAAAGAUCUUCUAGGUGCAUCAGACCCUUAUGUGAAGGUAAAACUCACUGAGGAUAAGCUUCCAUCAAAGAAGACCACUGUGAAGCAUAAGAACUUGAAUCCUGAAUGGAAUGAAGAGUUCAAUUUGGUUGUGAAAGAUCCCCAGUCCCAGGUUUUGGAGCUUCGUGUUUAUGAUUGGGAGCAGGUUGGCAAACAUGAUAAAAUGGGUAUGAAUGAGGUUCCCUUGAAAGAUCUACCACCAGAUGAGCCAAAGGUUAUGACCCUUGAUCUCCUUAAAACUAUGGUAGUGGAUGAUCCUCAGAAUGAAAAACAUCGCGGGCAUCUCAUUGUGGAGUUGACAUAUAAACCUUUCAAAGAGGACGACUUACCCCAAGGUUUUGAAGAUUCUCAGUCUGUACAAAACGCUCCUGAUGGAACACCUGAUGGUGGAGGCCUUCUAGUGGUUAUAGUCCAUGAAGCUCAAGAUCUUGAAGGAAAGCAUCACACCAAUCCGUAUGUGAGGCUUCUAUUUAGAGGCGAGGAAAGAAAAACUAAGCAUGUGAAGAAGAACAGAGAUCCAAGAUGGGAGGAGGAGUUCCACUUUACACUUGAAGAGCCUCCGACUAAUGAUAAAAUGCACGUGGAAGUUCUUAGCAGCUCUUCAAGGAUUGGUCUGUUGCAUCCUAAGGAAUGUUUAGGUUAUGCUGAUAUUAGUCUAGCAGAUGUCGUCACGAACAAACGAAUCAAUGAGAAGCACCAUCUCAUAGACUCAAAGAAUGGCCGUUUACAGAUCGAAUUGCAAUGGAGAACUGCUACUUGAGCUCUCUAUCUUGUUAAUUUUUCCAGAGACGGAAAAAGAGAACUCGGAUUUUGAUGUGAAUUCAAGUUUUAAAAAUGCUGCUGUUCUACCAUAUAAAUUUGAUUGUACAGGGUUGUAAUAAUGAUGCAAUUUCAAAUAUUCCCUUGUUCCUGCUAUGCCUUUUUGUUUUCUGGUUUUUAUUCCAGACUCUGUGGAGGUGUUACAGGAUAUAUAUGAGAGUUGACAGUACUGCCAAAUCUGGGAA